AUGUUUGGAUUAAGGCACAUAAGAAGAAAAAUGGAUUUAGUGGAAGAAUAUAAAAAAUAUGUAACUAUUUCUAUAACUACAAGUGUUAAUGAUGACAUUCUAACAAAGGUGCUUGGCUCUGAAAAGAAUACAUAUUUGAGGGCUUUUGGAAGAGGAGUUACUCGGUCAAAAUUGGCAAUUGUUUCUGAACGAGAUGAUCACAUGAUUCAAAUAAAAGAUCAAUGUAAUGAGUUGAAGGAUAGAAUGUCACACAUGGAGCAACUAAUUCAAUCUUUACUAAAAAAUCAGAAUGAACCUGUUCAAAGUGGGGAGCAAUCAAAUGCCCAUGUUCCAUCAUCUCCUGUGAGUGUAAGGGAUAACAUAUAUGGCCAAAAAUGCAAAAUAUUGGAUUGGACUGGAUCUGGAGAUAUUAUUGCAGAUGGAUACUUCAUUUCAAGUGACCCAAAAGAUGAGGUCCAUCAUGUUCCUCUUGGUCCAAAUGCCAUGAAAGUGGGAAUAGAUUUUGCAAGGAAACCCAACUCAUUUCUUUGGAGGCCUACAUCUAACAUUUUCCAUAUGGAAGAUGAUAUUGGUAGUAUAAUUACAUGGCCAACUGAAAAAGUGAGAAUGAACUGA